AUGUCUUGGGGAUGGCAUAUGGGUGUCUCUCAGAAACAUGAUGUGUUUGAUCAAUUUAUAUCUGCUGAAAACGAAAGACAAAGAUUAUUAAAAUCAGAUGAAUUCGAACCUUUUAAAAAACCACAUCAUGAAGCUGUUUAUAAAAGUAGAUUACUGAAAUUUUCGAAUUUACCAAAACCUGUGAAUAGAUCAAGCUGUCUUAGAACUUAUGCUGAGCGGUCUUCAUUUUUUUCAGGAGAUGAUGAAAUGACUCCAUAUAAACCGAUUAAUACUUAUGAUGGCUAUGAAAGAGAUUCUCGAGAAAUAAGUUUUCCAGUAUCUGAUGAAGAUCUUGCAAUUUCAAUCGAUAAUUUUUCAAGUGUUUGA